AUGGUGUCUGGCAUUUAUCAUCAAGCGCCCCGCGCCAACGCCCAGUUUUCUAUCGAACAAACCAUGACUCAAACCUCAGAUGUCGAUACCUCGGGUUUUCCACCGGGUUAUUUCGUCAUUAAAUCAGUGGCUACCAACAGGCUUCUUGAUGUAACUCUGGACGAGAUUGAGGAUGGGACGGAAGUUGCUCUCUGGACGGAGAAGGAGAAAUCUCUAGUGGAAAGCUUUAGAGACCCUAAGACAAAUAACCAGGUUUUCUUUAUCGACACGUCUGGCGCGCUAUGUUCAAGGUCUUCUGGCCAUGCCAUAGACGUUGAAGACGCUUCUCGCCUUGUGCUGCGCCACAGACGCCCAGUUUCAUAUCCUUUCCCUAACGCAUAUGCCCACCCAUUACCCAAAUUCUCGUACAAUCCGCACACAGGCGAGAUCUCUGUUAAAUUUUCAUGCGAUCCGGCCUAUCCUCCUCCACCAGGACCAGGCGAAACCGCCUCGACAGCAUGGCAGCACAAGACUUAUCUUCUCACCUCCGUUCCUCUGAGGAAGCCACGGACAAUCAUCGACGACGCGUCCGAGUUUCUUGCUACAAACAUUUUCACACCGAUAUCUUAUCUGACCGGAGGGCCGGCGCCUACUCCGGCGAGGCCUGACGAUGUGUUCAAUGCGGAUAUCGACCUGAACGAAAACGAACUUGUGGAAGAAGAGAGAGGCGAGGAGGCAGAGGUCGACGAUUCGCCUGAACCUGCCAGGAAAGUCACGAUCGUCUCGGUGCCGACCGCGGAGAAGAACAUGAUGGAUUUGUUGCUGUCGGAAAAAACGAGGAAUAGGCGCAGAUGGAUUAUUACCCCUUUGCGGACGACAAAUGCAAAGAGGACCUGA